AUGUCAGCAUCCAAGAAACGUAAGAUCUCAGGCCUCAGCGGCCUAGAGCUCGAACUGUCGCUCGUACAACUUCGAAAGCUUCGGAAAACCAUCGUUUUUGAAGACGUGCUCGAAUUAGAAGCAACAGAAACCGACACACUUGGUGAUGAGCUGGAUAAAGUGAUCGCUCUACUCGAAACCCGAACCAAGGAACCGCUUUCCUUGUCAUUCUCUGCUGUCAAUGAAACCAAUCUGGGUCGGCUGAAUAUCACACAAGCCGGCAUGCUGUUUUUGCAGGACCAAGAGAAACUUCGCGAUGCCAUUGAAUCUACCCGACAACUUGGUGCUACUGAGCUAUGGUCGAACGGAAAUAUGUACAGACACUUGUCGUUUUUGUCCAAUACUUACAACAACGUGAACGAGGCUUCUUCCCGAAUGUUCAUUGAUGCUUUCUUUUUCAGAACCACGGCUAUGGUUCCUUCCGACCAAAGGGUGGUCAUAAUGCUGGAGAAACCCGUACCAAGCGCUCGCCCAAGGGAAUCGAAGAUGGACACUGUGUCUGGGGUGAUCGAUUAUACCGCUCUUGUGGCGGAUGCCCGGAUUGCCCGCAUGCAUCUGCGGAAGCCUCCUCAGCUCACACCGCGUAUCUCUCAAAACCUGGUCGCGUUUUUUACCGCUGAGGCUAAAGCUUCCGACGGCAUUGUACUCGAGGGACAUACUCCCCGGGCUCUCGUUGAGCUCGUUGCUUGUGCGAAGCACCUUGGGAAGUCUCACAUUCGUGGUGCUUUGACCAGUGGUGACAGAUGGAUCUUUCUUGCUGUUAACCUUGACCGUGAGGGUGAAGGGGCGACUUAUUGGGAAUCGGAGGUUGUUGGAUGGAGGACAGAAAACAUGGCUUCGGAUGUCACCGUUCCCGUGACUUCCAAUCGGUAUGAUCCCGCCUUAAUUGCUGGCAUCCUCUCUUCCUGGGUGCCCAAUAGCUUUUCUGAGUUCGACGGCGACCAAUGGUUUUACAAGUCCCCUCUAUCCGACGAUGUGAAAAACGAUCAAGGUCCAUCCGACAAGAUAGGCUCAUUCUCUCGAGAGCCGUGA